AUGAUAAGUGGAUGGUACACAGCAGCAAAUGGACUAGAAUCACAAAAAGCAGGAGUUCGGUAUAAAGACAGCAAAAAGCGAGAGUUCAGUAUCAAGUCUGUUAACAACAGUGGUAACUACACCUGCAAAGGACAGAGACAAAACUCUCAGAGCUCAGAGAUCAGUGAUGCAGUUACACUGACUGUAUCAGAAAGACCACAGGCAGUACUGAGUGUAUCUCCACAGCGCUGGCUGACUGAAGGAGACUCAGUGACUCUAAGCUGUAAAGUUACAAACUCUUCUACAGACUGGACAUUCAGCGGGUACAGAGAUGUUCUCGAUAGAUCCAGUCCUAGCAAUAUAAAGACUAAUCCAGAGCUCCUCUCAGACAGCAGCAGAGGAUCUGGAGGUGAAUCUCCUCCGGUCUAUCUGAUCAUCAAUCCCAGCAGAACUCAACACUUUACUAAUGACUCUCUCUCACUGAGCUGUGAGGACCAGAGUAACUCUACUGGAUGGACAGUGAGACGAUACACACACAGUGAGAGAGUGUUAGAUUGUUCACACUGGGGAUCAGUUACAGGAUCUACAUGUAACAUCAGCUUCCUCUCCACAUCUUACACUGGAGUUUACUGGUGUGAGUCUGAAUCUGGAGAAAACAGUAAUCCUGUCAACAUCACAGUGCAUGAUGGUGAUGUGAUCCUGGAGAGUCCUGUCCAUCCUGUGACUGAGGGACAUCCUCUGACUCUACACUGUUUAUAUCGUACACCUAAUGCCUCAAACCUCCCAGCUGAUUUCUAUAAAGAUGGAUCAGUUCUCCAGAAACAGACUACAGGAGAGAUGAUCAUCCAAACUGUCUCAAAGUCAGAUGAAGGUUUCUACCACUGUGAACACCCAGAGAGAGGAGAGUCACUGAAAAGCUGGGUCUCAGUAAGACAAGCUCCAUUCUCUGUGCUCAUGCUGAUCUGUAGUGUGGUGACGACCUCUCCGUAUCUGCUGGUGACCAUCAUUCUGCUGGUCAAAUGUUACAGAGCUCGAGGUAAGAACUCUUUCAGUAUGUCUCUAUAUUUCACAUAA